AUGAAUGCUACAGGAAAGACGAGUUUAGCCAAGAGGGAGGAUACCUUACACCAAACGCUAAAAAUGUCCGCCGAUGUUGGGCAUUGCAAGCACACGUCUGAUGAAUCAUUUCCAGCAAAGCAAAACAUAGCACGUACAUCUGACCAAGUUAAUCGAAUCAAAGAGGUGCUUGGAUUAUUCCCAUCAAGACCAUCUCUUGCAUCCUCGGUUUUGUCAGCAUAUCAUGUCAAAAAGUUAUCUGGAAAGGUACCUUUUUGUAGAACUUUGCUAUGGAAGACUUCAUUGCUUCACAUUGAUAUAACUCACAUGAAAAAUGGCAAUUCUGUAAUGCCUUUUUUCGACAUGACCAAUUUGAAAGGUCAGCGUGAAUUAUAUGAAACCUUGGUUACUAAUAUUGGCAUUCCUUGGCAUCUCUUACCGAAAGAUUCGUUGUAUUACAGGGAAAUUAAAGAUGAUGUGUUUGGUGGUAACGAUGUCGAAGAGGAUCUCUGUAAUCUAAAAUUAGAUGGCCAGAGUACCGUUCACAUGCGAAAAACAAAAUUAAAAUCUCAACCAGUUCCUUCAGACGAAGAUCCUCUUAGAAAGCCAUCUUUGGAAAGUUUUGAAGAUAAGGAGGAGUCGGACGUCAAUAUCCUACAAAUUAUAAUCAGUGAUGUUGAAAGAUUAUUUCCUGAACAUCCCCAUAUGUUCAUCGAGGAUACAAAAAAUAAAAAAAUGAUUAUUGAAAUCCUAUACCGGUAUACAAAGUGGAGUAACCAUCUGAGGGAAUCUAAAGGAGAUAAAAAAAUUGGAUAUGUCCAAGGUAUGCAUGAGUUAUGUGGUAUUAUUCACGCUGUUUUGAAAGUUGAGCUCCUUACAGAAAAUGAGAAGGUAGGUAAUACAGAUGCAACUAUCAAAAACUAUGAUUUGAGCGUUGAGCGAGAGGACACGCAUGUUUCAGAGGGGAAACUCGAAAAUGAGGCUACAACGAACAGUUUUGAGUCUAAGUUGGAAGAACAAAUCAAAUACUUUCUUAGUGAAAAGUAUUUUGCUCAUGAUGUCUUUGCAAUGUUCAAAGAAUUGACUCUACCGUUGUUGGACAAGUACUUCACCUCAUCUGGAAUUGUUAGAGAGAGCAUAUUUUUUGAUUUAAAGCUACAUCAUCUGGAUUUAGGAUCCGCCAACCGGCCUGGUUUGGCCACUUCUUUACGUGAAUCCCAUAUAGAAUCACAAUUAUGGUUAACGAGAUGGUUCAGAAUGCUUCUAACACGAGAAGUUGGGCUUGCAUACGCCGUUAGAAUUUGGGAUGGUUUGAUUGCGUACUCCUGUGCCGGAGCACAGGCAAACACCACCGAAAAUGAAAACGAUGUGUCCACGUUGAUUCCCUACAUUGUAAUUCUAUUGAUUUUAAGGGUGCGUUCGGUUUUGCUGUCUUCAAUGGUCCCUAGCUUGAAGGAGAUUUUGGAGGCAUAUGGAGAGGAGAAAGAACCUCUAUCAGUACUCCUUCAUUACCCCUUCGAUGAUCAGGAAAUUCAAUCCCCUAGGUCUGCUUCGCCAGAUCCUGAUGACGAAAAUGUGGACAGUAGUAUUACUUCAUAUCGUUUAUCAAAGGACAUCAGGUACUCCAAAAGCUACAAGGAGCUGAAAAGAAUGCUUAAAAUCCCCAAAAUGCCCUCAUCAGUAACUUUGCUCUCGGACGCUAUACUUCUUUGUGGGAAAACAGAUGCAGAGUUAAAUGAAAUGGGGCCAUUGCUAACUAAAAAGUACGCUAGAGAUGAUGUUUAUGAUGUUUUGAAACUUGUUGAAAAAGACAAGUUAUCAUCAGCAUCUUUUUUUGAUGGAGUGCUGAAAAGAACUAAAUCUUGGAAAAUUGCGCCUUCAUCAUCAUCGUCGGGACAUUCGGCAGUUUCAUCUUCUGCUUCAAAUGGGGUUGAUUCAAAUAGAACAAGGUUGGAAACAAGAUUACAACAACGUGUACAUGAUCGAUUGAGGAAUUGA